AUGCCGCUUCGAUUAUCGCGAGUCACGUCAACAACCGACUUUGAGGAAAUCACCCGAGUCCAGUUCCUCGCCUACCGCGAUCCAUGGAUCCCCCUCCUUCAACUAUUCUUUCCUGUGGCAGACUCCUCACCCGACGCGUACGAGGCAGCCAUCAAGGAUGCCACUCGUCGGAUAACAGAAUGGCACCAGUCUGACCCAACCAGUACGUGGCUCAAGGUGACGGACGACGCUACUGGCCGCAUCGCCGGCGCCGCCUGCUGGCACAUGUACGACCAUGACCCCUACACGACCUACCCCGACAUAGACUGCUACUGGUGGCCCAAGGGUGAAGACCGGAAAGUGGCCAACGCCCUCAUGCUUCUAGAUAAUUGCUUUACGCAUCCCGAGUUCCGAAGACGCGGCGUAGCCACGUUGCUGAUUGAUUGGGGCAUCCGGCAGGCUGAUGCCCAGGGCCUGGGGACAUACGUUGAUGCUUCCGACAUGGGUUUGCAAUUUUACCGUCGCCGCUGGGGAUUUGUCGCGGACGAGCAGAGGGAGCUUACCAUGGCUGGCUUGCCUGUGACGCCGCGCAGGGUGGAAUUGGGAAAACAGCUCUUGCCGAGCGGGUGGUGGCCCUGUUACCGGCCAGUGGGAGGCAAGUAUGAGCCGGAAAGGGAUGCAUUGCCUUGGGACAAGACGUGA